AUGCCAACGGACUUGAUGGUGGAGGAUCGAGAGUCUGCAGGUUCUACAGGGUCAGCUAACAGUCCGCAAGCUCCCCCUCCCGCAUCCCAUGGUCAGAUGCGUCCUCCCUACUUGCCCCCGGGGAUGGAGCCCCACCCACCACCGAGUGACGCUUUCUCCUCCCCUUAUACUGCCAUGUAUUCGGAGGACCCGCAAAGGCGGUACCCUCCUGGCUACGCCGACCAACCUGGUCAUCCCUUUUUCGAGAGUCCUGCUGCAGCAGCAGCUGCUGUGGCCUAUCAGGCCUCCAUGAUGGGCCAGCUUCGACCUCCCUUUCAGUCUCUCCCCACCACCACCGAUGUCCUCUCUCCGCCCAAUCCUGCCUAUGUCGCCACGUCAAUCAUAGCUGAGCAGCAGUUGCAGCAACAGCAAAUAGCGGGUGGUUUUGGUGGUGACCGCGACGCAGCAGCGUACAAUACUGCGAGUGGGAAAAGUACAAACGGGGGUGGAAACAUUCCAAUGAGCGCGGGGGGCUAUCCGCACCACCACUCUCAUUCCCACUCCCACCAUCAGCAGCAGCACCACUUGGGGGACACUCUGUCUAUCAGUACGUCCGCAGGGGUUAAUGAUCCUGUCUCAACAGCUACGGCAGCGGCGGCGGCAGCAGCGGCAGCAGCAGCGACGCAAUUCGGCUUGAAGCACUCUCCAGCCCUCCCGGGCAGUGGUAGCAGUCGGAAAUCUUCGGACACUGAGGAUACCACCCACUGCAGUCCCUCCAACCUGGACGGAUCGAAGAGUGGCAGUCAGGGCGGGGUUAGCGUGCGCUCCCGUUCUGACAGUGGACUCAUGACCGCCUCUAUGCAUCUUAAUGGUGGCGGCGGUGGCACGUCGAAUUCAAUCCCACGCUACCACUCGUCCAUUGGCCCUCAUGAUGUUGGCAGUGAGACUGGUGACGGAAUCGCUAAGUCAGUGGAGUCAGGAGAGAAUCUCGACGACUUCGACGAUGACAAAUCCACAAAGAGACAGAAAAAACGUGGUAUCUUCCCCAAAGCUGCAACCAACAUUAUGAGAGCGUGGUUGUUUCAACACCUGUCCCACCCCUACCCAUCUGAAGAGCAGAAAAAACAACUUUCUUCGGAAACAGGGUUAACUAUUCUCCAGGUCAACAAUUGGUUUAUUAAUGCGAGAAGACGAAUUGUCCAGCCGAUGAUUGAUCAAUCCAACCGAUCAGGUCCCCUUGGCUAUUCCGCUGAUGCUUCUGGUAGAGUCUCCUACAUGGAUAAUCAACACUUUGCUGCCUAUGGUCAGCCAGAGUUCUCUCAAAACUCGGGACUUUACGCAGCAUUGGCCGCAGCAGCAGUGAGUGGCAGUAUGAUGGAUGGGCGAAGUCUCAUGGCCACCGCCUCAAGUCCCGAUCUCGCAGGCACCGCAAGCAAUGGAGGCGGAAUUGAUCCUAUAUCCCCCUAUGGGCCUUACCGAUACCCCUCCCACUCAGGCUACUCUGGAGGACAUCCAGUUGUUGGGAGUACUUCGGGAGCCUUUCCCACCUCCGCCUCUUCUCCUCAACCGUCCACUAGUGUCGGCUCGAUUCGGAGUUCUCCAGUACCUUCAGGCUACUCCCCUCCGGCAAGGUUUCGAACAACUCAGAAUGGUUCACUCUUGGGCGGAUAUGGGGGCUUUUACGGCGGACAAGAACAGCAACAGCCUGGUCCUACCUCUGGCCAGUCCGCGGCAUCAGGGCAGCAGCUCAGGCGACAAACUUCAUUUGGUAGCGGCCUUGACAGCAACAAUAACACCGCCACUAGCAAUGAGAGCAAUUCCUUCGGCGGCGGUUGUGGCGGUGGUAGCGGUAGCAGUGGCAGCGCUGGUGGAGAAGGUGGCACGGCCUUUGUGCCUCAACAUCACCAUCACCACCAUCAUCACCACCAGCACUCUGACUCGGGGCCCUUGCAACAGGAUAUUCACGCAAACUAG